UGUCUGUCUGUCUGUCUGUCUGUCUGUCGAUCUGUCCGACACUGUGCGAGCCUACGACGAGCGUGUGCGUAAUUGCUCGAGCCUGUUAAUGUUUAAGAAACGGGGCUGCGAUUGAGGACGUAAUUUCGACAUUAUCGAAUUAUUUUUAGCCUCGGCCUCGUGCGACACAAGUUCAGGACAUCGAAGGUUACUCGAUAUGGAAUAGGAGCCGACGACGGCUAACAAUCCUCGAAGAUGAGCGUGCGAAUGAAAUUGACGUUCUCCUCGCCAUCAGCGGCUGAUUGCGAUAAGACGUUUGCCAACAGCGGUGAAAGCCUGGAGGAGCGCGUGGCUGCAUUCAAGAAGGACGAAGAGCUCAUGAAGGAGACCAAUAAGUUCGUAACCGAAGUCAUUGAAACGGCUACGUUCGAGGCUACUAAAAGGGCCGAGCAAAAUGCUAAUGCUCAUGGAGAAGGUAACAAGUUCAAAGGUGCGGAAACGAUUGCCGGUUGGAAUAAUCGAGCGCGCGGCUUCUGCAAUCGCGUAUGGAACGCCGUUUUUCCCUGUUUCAACAACAAUGAAUUACUCGCCUGGGCUCAACCAUUCCGGUAUCGCUUCACAAGACCUUAACUACCCCCGGAGCUGAAAAAUUUCUACCAAGGGUUAAUCAUCCCCCCUGCCCCACUUACGCAGCACUUAGCCCCGACUGUUGACGAGAUAUUCUAGCCGAACGACUACCUACUUGGACUGUCUUGCUUGACGACGAAGGGAUGAUGUCCACGCUAUACUACCUCGAUACUCUUCUGUUCCCUUUCUCGUUCUUUAUGAUGACUUGAUGUUACACGCUCUAGUAUUUUAAAACAUUUUUAUGCUACAAAGCAUCAUAUUUCUCGGAUUGGCAAUUGGAAAAAGUGUCGAUGCCGUUGCGACUGACGUGACGUAUCGUGAAAGUUACUGUA